AUGCUGAUGCUGUUGUUGGUGUGCCGGGAGAAGGCCUCAACGUGGAACAACGAAAGCGUCUCACGUCUCACUAUUGCUGUUGAACUGGUUGCCAAACCAGAGCUACUCCUAUUUCUUGAUGAACCCACGUCUGGUCUUGAUAGCCAGACUGCAUGGUCAAUCUGCAUGCUGCUGCGCAAGUUGGUAGACAAUGGGCAAACGAUACUCUGCACUAUACACCAGCCCUCUUCCCAGCUUUUUAGUAUGUUUGAUAGGUUAUUACUGCUCGAUAAAGGCGGGAUAACCCUUUAUUUUGGUGACAUCGGUAAUGACGCGUCGACCCUGAUCAACUAUUUUGAAAGCAACGGCGCUCCAAAGUGUCGAGCCGAUGAUAAUCCAGUAGAGUGGAUGUUAGAAGUAACUGGGAACGCGUCGUCUUCUGCGUUGACAACUAAUACCCGCCAAAGGGAUGUCACCAAGCGGCAGAAUUGGUCCGAAGUAUGGAAUUCUAGUCCUCAAAAACGUGACACCUUGAAUUAUUUGGCAGAUAUAAAACACAGCGCACCCGUGCCAUACGGUUCUUCGUCAAACCAGGUCUACGAUCAUGAAUAUGUGGCGUCAUUUGCAAAACAGAUGGCCAUCAUCACGAAACGUGUCUUACAGGAUCAGUGGCGAGAUCCUGUAUAUCUACGAUCGAAGUUCGCCUUGUCUAUUCUCCUUGCUCUUCUCAAUGGCAUCUCCUUUUAUAACAGUCCCCUAGAUAUUCAAGGCGUUACAAACCUGAUAUUUUCGGUCUUUCUUAUUACACAACUAUUCAGCUGUGUUGACCAGCUAGUGAUUCCGUACUUUGUCGACCAGCGAGCAUUAUUCGAGGCCCGGGAGCGUGAUUCACGAGCGUAUUCAUGGGUUAUAUUCCUCGCUGCGAAUAUUCUAGUCGAGCUCCUCUGGCAGACUGUCAUUUCUGUGCCGGUGUUUGCCGCCUGGUACUACCCUACGGGUCUACAACGUCAUGGAGACGAAUAUAUGUCUACGGCAGAACGUGGCGCAUUGACUUUCAUACUCAUUUGGAUGUUCAAUUUGUGGUCGAGCACAAUCUCCCAGUUCUUUGCGGCCGGGAUUGAGCAUGCGGAGAUUGCGAUGCAGAUUGCUACACUCUUCUACUGGUUCUCUCUGGUCUUCUGUGGUGUUAUUGCCCCGCCUGACAACCUUGCACGAUUUUGGAUCUUCAUGUAUCGCGUUUCGCCUCUAACAUAUCUUAUUGAAGGUCUGGCAGUUGCUGGCUUUGCAGGCGCGGGCGUGGCCUGUUCCUCUGUCGAGGUCCUUAAUAUACCCCUCCCCGGAGAGUCAGGGACGCAAGGGUGCGGUGAAUACUUGGCUCCAUUCGUACGAUCAGCUGGCGGACAGGUUUUGAAUCCGCUGGAUGAUUUGGAAUGCCGCUAUUGCCCAUUAUCGGAUGUGAACUCAAUAUUAAGAAGCUUCGGCAUAGACCAGAGAAACGCGUGGCGCGACGUGGGAUUCAUGGUGGUGUAUGUCAUAUUUAACAUACUAGCUACGUUUGGAAUGUAUUGGUUGGUACGAGUCCCUCGAAAGCAGCAUUUUGUCAAAAAAUAA